AGGGCUCGACUGGCCAGCACCAAAGAACAACAUCAAGAACAACAACUAGCAAAUACAUUCAUUUCGAACGUUGCGCUGCUUUGAUCACAGGAGCAACUUCACCUGGCUGAUCAGCUCGUGCUUGGUCCUUCUUUUUUUUUUUCAUUCGUUUUUUCUUCAUUCUCUUACUGCGCUGGCACCGAUAACUGUGCAACGCCCGCUGCAGGAAAUAGAGGAAUUCUCACACGUACCUUUGCUUCGUUUCCUUUUUUGUCUUUCUCUCUUUUUCUCUUUUCUCUUUUCGCUUUGCGCUUCGUCUGCCGUGACACGCUUCCCUCCCUGUUCCUUUGUUGCCAUGCUCACAUCAGAGUUACAGAGCAGUGCGGUGGACGCCGGCGUGGAUCCGGAGGUGUCCGCCAUUCUGCGCUCCCUCGCCCCCGAGGAGGUCGACAUGCUACGCGAUGCCUUCAUCUACAUGGACAAGGACAGUGACGGCUACGUGAGCAGGGAGGAGAUGAUGGCGCAGGUGGCCGCCUGUGUUGGCCCGGAGCGGUUCGACCCGCUGCAGGAGUACUUGGUGCCGCUCUUCGGCGUUGCAGACAGGGAUGGAGAUGGGCGGCUGAGCCUCACAGAGUUUCUGGCGGCGUUCGCCGACGGCCCCGGCGUGGUGCCGGCGGAGGUGAUCAACAACUGCGUCUCUGGCGUGCGGGUGCGGCUGACGGAUGAGGAGAUCUUUGCGCUGCAAGACAACUUCCGCCGCAUCGACGCGAAUCAGGACGGUGUGGUGGACGCCGAGGAGCUCGAGGCGGCGCUGCGGGAACACCUGCUGACCAAGUUCCCUGACCUCACCGGCGAAAACUUCAAGGAGAUCGUUUCAGUCGUCAUGGCGAGCGCAGACGCCGACCGAAACGGUGUCUUGUCUCUCUCGGAGUUCAUUCGCAGUUACCAGGAGGAUCAGGGGGUGCUGCCCGCCACUUUCCUCGAACCCAGUUUUGACUGCGUGAGUGCGGCGAGGCAGCUGACGGAGGAGGAGACGACGGUGUUGAGGGAGGCCUUUGCGGUGCUGGACCGCAACGACGACGGCUUCGUCGACGCGGAGGACCUCUACAACGCUCUGUGGGACACGCUGGGGCGCGGCGUCGAAGACAAGGACCAAAUCCGCGACCUGUGCGACCUUAUCAUGAUGACGGCGGCUCGCAGCCGCCACGGUCGGCUGACGGUGACGGACUUCAUUCGUGGGUUUUUGUCUAACGUGCAGUUGAUGCAGAUUCCCGUAGCGGUGGCGCAAGAGCGGGUGCGGGUGGCCUGCGACAAGUUGCAGGAGAUGCACAACUCCGGCGAGCUAGAGAAGCUGGUGCUCGUGUACGAGGACCUGGACAGCGACGGCGACGGCUACGUGGCGCGGUCGGAGAUGGUGAACGUGCUCAAGACGCUCUUCCGCGACGCUUUUCCAGGCUGGGACAAUGAGAUGCUGACCUCCGUGAUGACCGCCAUCGUCGUCGGCGCCGAGACGAACAACGGUGCGCGGAUCUCGCUGGAAGAGUUCAUUCGCAGCUUCGUUGAGGGCCCCGGCGCACUCUCCUCUCCGGCUGGGCGGUCGUUGAAGGUGUCGAGUUGGCGGCAGGCGAAUGCACCGGACGCGACGGCGGCCUCCGCCCCGCACCGCGAGCGCAACCUGAGCACCGCCACCGACGAGGACCUCCAGCGCAUCAGCGAGGCCAUCCGCAACCUGCACGCGCAGAGCGGCAGGGACGGCCGCGUCGCACCCGCGGUGCUGCACACCAGUAUCGCCCACGUCUACGCCGACGACCCCCAGCACGGGGAGGAGAUGUACCAGUACGUGCUGCAGCAGUUUGUGCGGCCCCGCAGCGAUGGGGCGCUGGAGUGGAACGAGCGUGUGCACAUCGAGGACGAGGACGAGGCCGAGGCCGGCGUCGACGUCCACUGCGCCUCCGCCGGCCUCGCUGCUGCGGCGUCCACGCCGAACGGCAAAGCGACGUUGAACGGAACAGCGUUUGCGGAGGAAGCCAUGCGGACGCAGCCGAAGACCCUCACCUACGGCAUCAGCGGUGGGCGUGCCGCAUCGGGAGGGAAGGCGAUGGCGGUGCCGCUGAAGCCCUCCGCACUGGAUGGACUGCACGCGUCGCAGGACGGCAGCCGCGGCAGCAGCGUCUACUUCGACGCCGACCUCCAGCAGCAGUUUGACCGGUACGACAUACGCCACAAAGGCUACCUCGACCGAGAGACAUUCAAGAAGACGUACCGGCAGAUGGAGCACUUCGGGCUCGAGCCGUCGCCGAAGGAGGUCGAUGUCCUAUUCCGCCGCUACGCGAAUGGGUCGGAUAGGAUCUACUUUAACGAGUUCUGCAUCCUCAUGCUGCAGCGUGCGCGCUUGUAG